AUGCACUAGCCGCGGCACACUGUCGAUUGCCAUGUACCAUGCUUUUGAAAUUUUGUUAACAUUCUCGCCUCUCGGCAUUCUCGGCAUUUACCAUUGACUAACGUUGUUUGUUUCAAUAAAUAUUAAAUGUUCUAUUACACUUUACGGAUUCAUUUUCAUUUUCUGGUCGUAUUCAGGAUUUGAGAUAACUAUUGAGUGUUACAAAUAUCAAUAUAUCAUAGAGUUUUUACUCUUUAAUAAUACAGUUUAUCAGUCGACAAGGAGUUCACUAGUUAUAGUACCUAUGGAAUGUGCUUUAAAGUUUGAAGAAAUUGUAUGACUUAAAUUCAAUAACUUAAUAUAAAAUAUUACAUUACAUAUGAGAGUUAUUUGAUUAAAAAUUGUAAACUCAACAAGAUGAGUUGUCCGAAUCUCUCGGAGUUAAAAUUAGUUGUUCGUUCCGUUUUAGUUGCUUGCCAAAACUCUUUAACAGUUGAAGAAUUAUGGAAAAAAAUUACUUAUAUAUUUGGAGGACCACAAAAACUACAAAUACAAAUAAUUGGUUACAAUACACAUUUUGAAUUUCUUAAAACUAUACCAGAUGUUGUUCAGUUAGAUGAUCCAGAAGACCCAAACUCCAUUGUUAAUUUAAUAAGUUCGAAAUUGAGCAGGCAUAUGGAGCUAUUAGUUUCAACAAAUAUAAUAAGACCACCUAAAAAUAAAAAUCAUCUUCAAGAAUUAUUGAUACCAUACAGAACACAAUGUGCAUUUAUCAGAAUAUUUUAUGAAUUAUAUCCAGAAGGAUUGUCAAUAAAUGAUUUUGAAUCCGAUAUUUUGUGUAUUCCAAUAUUUCAGUCAUACAUCAACUGUGUAGAUAAACUAUUAUUCAAUUUAGACCAUUUAUUUAUUAGAAAAGGAAGAGAAAUGAUAAGCCUACAACCAAAAAUAAUAAACAGUUUAAAAGAAGUUGAAAUAGAAGAUAAAUUUACAGCAAUGGAUAUAUGCAACAUUGAUGAAUAUUCAUUGGAAAAUAAAAAUAAUGACCAACAAAUUUCAAAUGGACUGGAAUACCCAUUGUUUAAUAUUUUAGAAGAAUCAAUUAAAACUAAUAUUGAACAACUAUUAAAUGAAGUACCUGGUUGGAUAUCUGAUGGACAAAUGUGUAAUUUAUACAUUGAAAAAUUUGGUUCUGCAUUUACUCAUUAUAGUCGAUGGGGUUUUACCAGAAUUAGUCAAAUGUUUUCCAAGCUACCAGAACUCUGUUGUGUUCAUUUCUCGAAUAAUGAUGUAAAAAUAUUUUCUUCAAAAAAUCAUACUUGUGAUAUUCAUAAAAAAUCAGAUUUAUUAAAAUCAAAAAAUGAAAACAUGGAGUCUAGAAUUAUUUCUAUUUUUGCUAAAAACAAACAUAAUAAAGAAUCAUGUGAAAAUAAUGGGGUAUUAGAAAAAUUUUUAAAAAAUGAUCCAUUCUUAGAAACACCCUUAAGUGAUUGUUUUUUGGAUCGAGAAAUUCAAAAUUUUGAACUGGAAAUCAAUAAUUCAUUUAAUGUCAAUGUUUGUGGAGUAGAUACAAGUAUUAUACCAACUAUAAUAUGUCAAUUCAUUGAUCAAUAUCACGAAUUUCAGAAGUUAUUAGUUGAUAUGAAAAACUUCUAUUUCAUAAAUGAUUCAAAGUUGUUGUUUGAUCAAAAUAUAAUCAUGGUAAAUCAUACAUAUGCAUAUUUUUUGGAUGAUUUUUGGUUUAGAGGAAUUGUUACUGAUAUCAACUUAGGUGUAAUAAAAAUGAUAAAUAUUGACAAUGGUUCGAUGCAUACUAUUCCAUUUGAGGACAUCAGGUUACUUCAUGUACGGUUUGCCCAAUUACCAGUACAAUCAUUUAUUUGUAAAUUACACGGAAUAGAUUCUAUUGCUGAAGAUGAGCUAUUGAAAAUUAUUGACAAAAAAUGUUCAAUAUAUGUUGUUUCUACUGAUCAACGAAACAAAUCUGCAAGUGUAAAGAUUAAAUUUAUGGAUUCCGUGUCAGAUAAAUACUUAAAUGAUGAAUGGAUUGAAAGUGGUAUUGCCCUACCAGAUUCAGACGAAGAAUAAUGAAGAUAUAAUAGUAUUAUUGAUUUUAUAUAGUUAUAAAUUAUACUGAUAAUUAAGUCUAUAAGCUUGUAAGAUUAUUAAGAUUUAGAAAAAAAGGGUUUUUUUCAUUUUUA